AUGUUGGUCUGCGCUGGAGUGUUCGGCGUGCUUUACGUUUUUAACGGCGCGCAGCACGGGGGCAGACGAGGGACAAGAGUCGAGCGGGAUAAUGGUGACGGAACCGAGCUCGUGGCGAGAUUGGUGGGAUCACCGGGUGCGGCGCAGCACGGUGGUAGUGGGGAGGGUCAGGAGGGGGUUGGACAGGUGGCUUACCACACGAUGGAGAGAAUACUGGCGUCGGCUUCCUGCUCGGGGGGCGUGGUAAACGGGAACAUGGCGGUGUUGUACAUCACCGGCGUGGUGUACUGUUUUCUUGGGCUGGCGAUAGUGUGCGACGAAUUCUUUCAGACGUCUCUUGAGAAGAUUUCGGAUGUCCUCGGGCUCACGCCCGACGUCGCCGGGGCGACGUUCCUCGCCGCCGGGUCUUCGGCACCAGAGUUAUUCACGUCUCUCGCAGACGCGUUUGGCGAAGCCAACUCGACGGGAACGGGGACGAUCGUCGGCUCGGCGAUGUUCAACAUCCUCGUCAUCGUGGCGCUCUCGGCGGCAGUUGCGGGUACCGGCGGGAGGUCUAUCCACAUCGACUGGCGACCGGUCUGCCGAGACAUCGUUUUUUACACCUUCUCCAUUGCCGUCCUGGGGUUGGUGUUCAUAGACAGCGAGGUCAUGUGGUGGGAGGGCCUCAUCAUGUUCCUCGCUUACAUCGUGUACAUCAUCUUCAUGAAGUACAACUCGCGCAUUCUCGCGCACUGCCAGCCGCCUAGAAUCGGCAUCACCGACGAGCAACAGGUGUCGGGCGCGGACGUGGCCGCCGCCGUGGAGGCCGUCACCGGAACCAAGCGAUCUUCUCUGGCGGGCGCCAGCGGUGGCGGAGAAGAUACUGCGAAGGUGGCGCCGCUCCCGCAAGACAACGCAGCCACAGCAGCAGAAGGAGCGCCGGGUGUUGGUGCGCAGGGCGCAGAGGCGGAGGCGGCGGCCGGAGGAGCCAACCCUACGCCAAAGUCGCUCACCCUUGGCAUCCGCAACAGGGUCGAAAAGAGAAUGAGUGGCUCCGGCAUGACCACAGGGUCGGACGAGCACAAACCGCUUGUCCUUGGCGAUCAGAACCAGGUCACGGCCGACGAGGAAAACGGUGGCGCUGAGGGAAAAGCUUCAGCUGCCGGUGCUGCCGUAGAGGGGUCGUCUGUGGGGGCGGCGGCUGGCGAAGGGAAGAAAAUGGGGGAUGAGGAAGAGCCGGAAGAAGACCGCUUUGCGUGGCCAGAAAAUCGUGUCGAUCAGGUGCUUUUCGUCUUGGGGUUGCCGAUGUUGGUGGCGCUGUCGGUCACUAUCCCGGACUGCGGCAAGCCGAGGUGGGAACAGUGGUACGUCGUGUCCUUCCUCAUGAGCCUCGCAUGGAUCGGGGUGCUGACUCACUACAUGGUCGAAUGGGUCAACGGCCUGGGCUGCUUCCUCGAAGUGAGCCCGAUCUUCAUGGGUCUGGUGGUCCUGGCCAUCGGGACGUCCGUGCCGGACGCCAUGGGCUCCAUGAUCGCCGCGCGUAGUGGGGAGGCGAACAUGGCCAUCGCCAACGCGAUCGGGAGCAACGUCUUCGACGUGCUGAUCGGGCUGGGGUUUCCCUGGUUCCUGCGGGGGAUCAUCAAGGGCGAGCCCAUGACGGUGGACAGAAACGGCAUCGCCCUCAACGUGAUCAUCCUGUUCUGCACGGCCGUCCUGUUCGUGUCUGUGCUGGCCUGGAACGACUGGUCCAUGAACACCAAGAUGGGGAUCUUCCUGUUCUGCUUGUACGUGGCCUACGUCAUCUUCGUCGUUAUCCGCGAGCUCGUCCUCUGA